AUGGCUCUCCAGGCCGACGAGGAACUAUUCAAGAGUGCCAUCUCUGGGUAUCGCGAUGCAUUUUUGGUUCGACACUCCCACCUUCCGGAAUCCGAGCGCAAUAGGCUCUGGAGCCAGCAACUCAGCCAGUUCAUCCCCGUCGACCGCGAAGAUGCUGCGCCUGGGAAACCUGGGAAACCCGGCAAACGGACUCGACAGGAUGCCACUCCGCGGACCCUCCCUGGUUCUGGUCCUCCAGAGGCCAAACGGCGAGCCACCCCCGGAUCUCCCGGUGACCCACGAGCUGCGGCGCGCCCUUUCACAAUCAUCCCCCCCGGGAUGCGCCCCGAGAGGAGCCAGCAGAUCCCUGUCUCCUACCGGCACCCGCCGGCUGGGGUGACUAUGGGCAAGCGACAAUCCUUCGGGCCGGGCCAAAUGAAACGUCUCGAUCAUGUCGAUGAAUAUUCGCCAUCUGAAUAUGCAAAGCACUUGGAUAACCCCGACAACCAGCCCCAGCCCUACAGAUCCGCUCUGUCUCUGGGGCUGGCGACUGGAUCGACUGGACCGACUCCAUCUCCGGCAGCCGCAGCAGCAGCAGCGACAUCUGGUGUAUACCAUUCUGGACAGGCAUCCCCCACGGCUGAUCCGUCUUCGACGGCCGUUGAAAUGACUCGGAGCGGAACCACCGAUACCAUUAUCGACAGCUUUGACAUGUUUCGGUUCAACUCGACAGGACCGCGCGCGGAUCUGGACCAGACGUACUCCAUCCCGCCGGAGUGGGUGCCCACGGCCACCUCUGGUAUCUCGUAUCAAGACUCUUUUCCUUCAUCCCUCUAUCCUGACUUAGAUCCUACCACCUCAUACCCAUUCUCCUACCCCAAUUCCACCCUUUUCUCCACCUCUGCGCCCACCACUACCUUUCGGCCACCAGUGCCACCCACAUUUGUCACCGAAGCGGCGGAGAUGAGACCCUCGUUAUCAAGCUCGAGCUCCGACUCGGACGAAAUCAUGCCACCUUCGCGCGCGAUCCGCCGAACCCAAGAACAAGUCGCGCAUGCAGCACGACCCAUCGCCCCCAAGCGAGACUCACACGACAGUAUCAACAGCCAACCAGAACAUAGAGACAGCAACACGCACAGAAUGCUCCGCAUAUCCUCCACCGACGGCACAGCCAAAGAAGUCGCCGCCAUCCCGAAGGCCUCAGUGCAACGCCCACCCCGCAUAAAGACAUACUGCCACAUCUGCAACGACCAACCAGAAGGCUUCCACGGUGAGCACGAACUACGCCGCCAUAUCGACCGCGUCCACGCGCCCGUCCGUAAGGUCUGGGUCUGUGUAGAUAUCUCGCCUGACGGGAAUUUCCUCGCGAACUGCAAAGCCUGCCGCAACGGUAAACGAUACGGCGCAAACUAUAACGCCGCAGCGCAUCUGCGCCGCACGCAUUUCAACCCAUGCCAGCGUGGCCGUGGCGGUCGUGGCAAAGAUAGCGAGAAACGCGGUGGUAAGGGCGGUGGAAAUCAUCCGCCGAUGGACGUGCUGAAACACUGGAUGGUUGAGGAGGUCGAACGGGCCAAUGAGAAUACCCCGUGUGAUAUGCCUCCCGAUGGCCCUGCGGAGGAUGGAGGAUACCCGGCUUCGUUGCCGUUGCCCGAUCUCUCUUCUGAUGCGACUGCGAUGAAACGGGCUGCUGCGGGAGGUAUGAGUGCGACUUCGCUGAGCGAGGCGGAUAUGCAUGCGUCGCUGGGCAUGGAGUCAACGCUCAUGCAUGGCUUUGAGGCGUAUCCGGUUUCCGCGUCGUUUGACUUGGAUGCCACUCUCGAUACGCCGUUUUAUCUUGACUCGCAGCCUUUGCCGUCUGAGUAUGAUUCGUAUGUCAUGUGA